AAAUGAGGGCGCACAUUGUCUCUCUGGGAAUGAUGGUGUUGCCACUUGUGCCGCCCUCUCUGUCGCCAUGACGAUGCCAUUCAGCCCCCUGUCCAGCGACGAGGAGCAACAAAGGAUGCUGGGAAACAAUCGACAUCUCUAUCCAGGGGCAGAGGACGAGGAAGAAGAGGAAGAGGAAGAAAUGGAAGAAGAGGAGCGUGAUGAGGACCAGGAGGAGGAGGAGGAGAACGGCGAGCUGGAGGGGGAAGAGGAAGACGAUGAAGAGGAGACGGUGGAGGAGGUCAGGCGAGGAGGCCUGUCGCGGGGGGGCAGGGGUGAGGGACACAGGCAGUCCGGUAAACUGUCCGGAAGACCCACCGGGGACAGACAGGUCCGUUCAGGGAACCCUGGACAUACCACAAACCCCUAUUCGUCCAAUCCUGGACCCACUCACCAACAGCCAGCCAAUCACAUACAGCAGCAGCAGCAGCAGCAGCAGCAGCAGCAGCAGCAGCAGCAGCAGCAGCAGCGGAGGCUGAAGGAGCGCAGCACAGGCACUGUGCCAUCUGAGGACACCCACAUUGCCAUGAUGGUGUUUCGCAUCGGUAUCCCAGACAUAAAGCAAACGAAAUGUUUGCGGUUUAACCCAGAUGCCACUGUGUGGAAGGCCAAGCAGCAGGUGCUCUGCUCCCUGACUGAAUCUCUUCGGGACGUCCUGAACUACGGUCUGUUCCAGCCCGCAACGGACGGCCAUGAUGCCAAGUUCCUGGAGGAGGAGAGGCUGCUCAAAGAGUACCCACAGUCCUUUGAGAAAGGGGUACCAUAUUUAGAGUUUCGAUACAAGACCAGGGUAUACAAACAGACCAAUCUGGAUGAGAAGCAACUGGCAAAACUGCACACUAAGGCUAGCCUGAAGAAAUUCAUGGAUUAUAUCCAAACCAGCGCUGUGGACAAGAUGGUCAAGUUCUUAGACAAAGGCCUCGAUCCCAACUUUCAGGACGCUGACACCGGCGAGACUGCUCUGUCCCUGGCGGUGCAGUGUGAGCCGGGUGGAGGUGAGGCCAUCCGGGUCCUGGUGGAGGGAGGGGCUCACAUUGACUUCCGCGCCAAAGAUGGACUCACACCGUUACACAAAGCUGUGCGAGGCCACCGCCAUACAGCCCUGCUGGUCCUGCUGUCUCUGGGUGCAUCUCCGGACUAUAAGGAUCGGCGAGGGCUGACGCCGCUCUAUCACACUGUGCUGACAGGGGGGGACACCUCCUGCUGCGAAACACUGCUUUUCCACCGCGCCAAACUGGGCAUCAGGGACGAGAACGGCUGGGACGAGACACAUCAGGCCUGUCAGCAUGGUAACUCGCAGCAUCUGGAGCACCUCCUUUUCUACGGGGCCGAUUCUUCCUCCCAGAAUGCCUCUGGAAACACUGCCUUGCACAUCUGUGCUUUAUACAACAAGGAAAGCUGUUCACGAAUUCUGCUCUACCGGGGAGCAAAUAAAGACACAAAGAACAACAGUGGGCAAACCCCCUUUCAGGUGGCUGUUAUGUCCGGCCAUUUUGAGCUGGGAGAAAUUAUCAAAAACCACCGGGAUACAGAUGUGGUUCCCUUUGUGGAGUCUCCAAAGUACGCCCCCCAGAGGCGGGAGAGCACCCGGACACUGACGAUACCCAACCCUCAUCCCUUCCUCCGGGCCAACAGUGACAGCAGCAUGAACCUGCCAGACUGGAUGGCGGUGCCCAACGCCCCAGGGACCAAUAUUGUCUCUGUGCAGGGCUAUAAACAUACAGGAACCCUGCGCAGCUCCAGCAGUCCCAGAGGGGCAAGGACGCGUUCCCCGUCCCGGGGAAGGAUCGGAGACAAGGAGGACAGGAGCCGGCAGAGUCGGAGACAGGGGCCCGUCACUGCCAGUGCAGCUGGACAAACCGCAGGCCAGCGGAGACGCCUCUACAGCGCUGUCCCAGGACGAGUCUUUGUGGCUACUCGAUCAAACUCUGCCCAAGGAGAGCGAGAAAUCAGCUUCAGUAAAGGAGACAGGGUCAAAGUGUUGAGUGUUGGCGAGGGCGGGUACUGGGAGGGGACGGUCAGAGGUCGCACAGGCUGGUUCCCCUCUGACUGUGUGGAGGAAGUAAUGCUUCGAAGCCAAGACAACCGAUCAGAGAGCCGGGGAGAACGAGCCAAAAGGCUGUUCCGCCAUUACACUGUGGGAUCCUAUGACAGCUUUGACGCUCCCAGUGACUAUAUAAUCAAGGAGAAGACAGUGCUUCUGCAGAAAAAAGACAGUGAGGGUUUUGGCUUUGUGCUGAGAGGAGCCAAAGCUCAGACUCCUAUCGAGGAGUUCACCCCCACCCCGGCUUUCCCUGCCCUGCAGUACCUGGAGUCAGUGGACGAGGGAGGCGUCGCCUGGAGAGCUGGGCUCAGGAUGGGGGAUUUCCUGAUAGAGGUCAAUGGUCAGAAUGUGGUGAAGGUUGGUCACCGACAGGUCGUCAACAUGAUCCGCCAAGGUGGCAACAGCCUCAUGGUCAAGGUUGUCAUGGUAACCCGCAACCCUGACAUGGAGGAGGGUUCGAGGAAGAAAAUCCCACAGCAGAGUAAGAGGCUGAGCACUCCGGCUAUCGCCCUACGAUCCAAAUCCAUGACUUCUGAACUGGAGGAGAUGGUGGAGAGAGCUGCUACCCCUUGGAAAAAAAAAUCAGAAUUCGAAUCCUCACAAGUUACAGAGAAGAAGAGGACAGUCUAUCAGAUGGCUUUGAAUAAACUAGAUGAAAUUCUUGCAGCAGCUCAGCAGACAAUCAGCACCAACGAGGCGCCGGGGACACGGGGACAGGGGCCAAAAAGAGACAGGGGGCGAAGUUUCUAUGGAAAUGAGCCAAACUACGGGGAUCAUUCCGGGAUGGGGAUGAUGUCGUCUGGGUUGGGCCUUGGCUACGACCGUGGCCAGUACACCUCAGGUCACGGCCCACCGCACGGUAUGCUGCGGCAGAAAUCCAUCGGGGUGCCUGAGGAGGAGAGGCAGUACCUGCAUCCUCCAGCCAUGAAGUUUGCUCGCAGUCUGUCGGUGCCUGGCCCAGACGAAAUCCCUCCUCCUCCCACCACAGCUCCACCAGACCCUCCAUUCUCCUCUGCUCCGCCACUAGGUUGGAGAGCAAAGUCAUCCCAGCAGCCCUCUGUCUCCGUUUCACAGUCCACAUCCACCUCUGCGCACUACCAGCCCUACUCCCAGUCAGUGCACUUCACACAUGGUGGCAGGGAAAGGGCCGGUGGUCCCAGCACUGGCCCCAGUGAUGGAGCGGUGGACAACACAACCUCGUAUGCACACGCAGCUGCCCAUACUGCUCAAAGCAGGACUGCUACACGGAAGGUUGCGUAUACUGGGGAGUCUGUUGGAGCUGGCAUUGGGGCUAGUGGAGGGGCCAAGGCUGCAGGUCUUAGGAGAGGCUACAGCACCGCUAUCCCCCCAUCCAGCAUUGCCACUGUAAUGCCCCAGCAACAACAGACUACCCAGAGUCAACCCCAGCGAGCAGAACGCAGUGCAGCUGGGGCUGGAGCAGGCGGUCCUAAAGGAGGGGCCCGGAGAGGCAAGGGCCCCCUGGUGAAGCAAUCCAAGGUAGAGGACCUGCGCAUGGCCCAGGGUACACUGGGGGGCAAAGGCUCGGUGGAGAAAAGCUCCAUCCCCAUACCAACCAUUAUCGUCAAGGCCCCUUCAACCAGCAGCAGUGGACGCAGCAGCCAGGGCAGCAGUGUGGAGGCCGACGCUCCUGCAUCAGGGGAGACAGAUGAAGCCAAAAUGCCUCAUGGUCCUCCUCCCUCCACUCCUGCUCCACAGCCCCCUUCUCCCCCUUCCAUCCCAGCGCCGCCGCCUCCAUCCUUGCCUUCUAUGCGAGCCCAGGAUAAUCUGGACUUUACCAGCCAGUUUGGGGCUGCCAUUGUUGGCGCAGCUCGCCGAGACAGGGAACGGUUUCAUGAAGCCCGCAGAAAGAGUGCCUCAUUGUUCAUGUCUGUUGAGGAGGAUGUAAGUCUUGGGGGAGUGAGUGAUGGAAUAACAAGGACUCAAGUGUCACAGCAACAGCUUAACACACAGGGUGAAAGUUCAUCAACACGGCUGCGCCCGUCCAAGUCUAUUGACGAGGGCAUGUUCUCUGGGGAUACUUUUAUCCAUCACACCCGCAGUAUGCCUCCAGCCUUUGGCCUACCUGAGUACUCCUCCCCUGCCCUGGACUAUCAGCCUAAAUCUGUGCCUACUGACUUGUACACAGCAGCAGGCAGGCAGCCAGCACCCUCCAGUACCACCACAUUCAUUCACCCUCUAACAGGAAAGGCUCUUGACCCCACGUCGCCACUAGGCCUCGCCCUGGCUGCCAGAGAGCGUGCUCUGAGGGAUGACAGCAGGUUAAGGAGGGGAACCGAGCACCACUUUACCCGACAGAUGUCAAGUGGGAUGUUUCCUUCGUCUACUGUCACUUCUCAGCCUGUGUCGUCAACCGCCCAGUCCUCCAGCUCUUCUUACCUGGUCACCUCGUCUUCUCUGGCUGCUACCACAGCCACUGUUGGACGCCCACCCUCACCCAGAAUCCUCAGAGGAGUUGGGAGUGUGUGGAGUGAGGAAGGCGGUGGAGGAGAGCGGGAGCGGGAAGGAGGAGGGGCUCGUGAGGGGCUAAGAGUUCGCUUCUCUGAGGACAAAACGGUCCACACACACCACUACCAGUCUCAGCCGUAUCAGCCAACCUACAAGGAAAGGGAGCGGGACAGGUCGAGGGAACGGGAGAGGGAGCUGUCAAGAGAAAGAGAGAGGGACAAAGAGAGAGAGGGUUACAUGAGGAGAGCAGAGCAGGCUGCUGCCAAUUCGGCAGCCGCUGAUAACUCUGCUCAGCAGGCGUCUCAGUCUCAGCAGCCUCGGAGGCCCACUUUUCUUAGGAUGGAAAGUCAAGCUGAUGCCUAUAUCUUGUCCCUCACCCCUCCUUCUCCUCCACCUACCAGUACUCAGCAGACAGCGAACACUACUGGGAGCACUGGGACUGGUAUAAUGGUUCUUCCUCCCCCUGCCCCUUCAGUUGAUGCCGACGAUGAGUUUGUCUACGCAGACCCUCUCCCACCUCCAUUACAGUUUGCUAACAGCUUCGACAGAGGAAUAUCAGGGUACUCACAACACGGGAUGCGCCCCAACAGCCUGACAUCCCGCCAACAGCAGGUCCCACCCCCUCCACCUCCACCUCCUCCUCCACCACCACCCCCUCCACCCCCCCAAAAAGAAUCAUUUGUAAGUGGGUUUCCUGCUCAUACACCCCUGCCCUCACCUCAGGCAGGGGACUCCACUGCCUCCAGCCUUACAUCUUACGACAGUGAGGUGGCUAACCUGACUCAGUCCGUUACCUCCCCCUCCCAAACGUCGCCCAACCCCCCUCCCCCUCACUCUCCCUCUACUCUGCAGCCCACCUCGAUAGCGGGACCUCCGCCUCCCCCGUCAGUCUCACCACCGCCUCCUCCCGGAUCUUAUCACAGACCCUUCUCUAUGUCCCACCCCCACCACCUCUAUAACAGCUCUCACACUCCUGGGCGCUCUUCCCCCACGCCUCCACCGCACACAGUCGCGCCUCCCCCGGCCUACCGUGGUCACCCAGCGCCCUCCUCCACUGCUGCCACCUCUGCUCCACUUAGGGGCACUGCCUCACAUGCCACGACCGCUAGCUGUGCCGCUACAACCACUGCUGCUGCCACCACAACAAACACCUCCACUCAGCUCUACCACGAGCGCACACAUACCAUGCAUACAACAUCCUCCACCGCCAUCACCGGCAGUCGCAGGACAGGGGAGCACCAUCGUCCUCCCCCCGCUACUAAGAAAGGAGAGUCCCAAGAGACGGUGGUGGACUCUGGGAUUGAGGAACUGGACAGCCGCAGCAGCAGUGACCACCACCUCGACAGCAUCCUGGCCAGUGUCCGUGGAGACAGGCUGGACCGAGGGGAGAGAGGAGGACGAAUGGGAGGCGGGACAGGGGAACCAGAAAGGGGAGGAGAUUUUCUGGAGUCUUACAUGAGCUAUCUGGACGGACAAACUUUUGAGAUGCAGAAUGCCACAGCAGCAGCCUCCACCUAUCCAAAAACCAACAGGUUCAGAGAAGGAGGUCGCACCAGUGAUCUACACAGACAGACCAGCACUGCUCCUGCAUCCUUCCACUCACACAGACGAAGAGACGAGCAGGAAGAGGAUGAGGUCGAGGAAGGAGUGGAUGAAAGUGGCCGGGAUGGGUAUGGAGUGAGGGACGUGCAAAAUUUGGGACGUCCUAUUUCACCGUACUUUGAUCGCCCUCGCACUCCUGAGAUGAAGCCUCUAUGGGGCGAGGGGCAGAUGGCCGGUGACCAGUCUGGGUCACUUUUAGAGGGGAAAAAGAUUUACCCUCCUGCAUCCAGUAUGAAGCCCAGCAUCAUAAACGAGCUGAGCAGCAAACUGCAGCAAAGAACCAAGGACAGCUGGAGCACCCAGAGACCUCUAGGCAGACACAGAAGCAGAAACAGAUUUUCAGAAGACUCAGCCUCAGCUUUGAGCCCCCCCUCAGCUCGAUCCUUGUCACCGUCUCCGAUUUCAUUAUCGCAACCAGCGUUAUCCCCGUCCCCCACCCCUGCCUCCCAGUACCCCAACUGGGGACGAUCCCCAUCUCCUCAACCUCAACCUCCAGCUGCCUGCCAGCCUCCACGUUCACAUUCCCCAUUGUCUCCGACAUCUUAUGCCCCUUACCCCACUUCCCCCAAACACAGACCUGUCUACCGGACCAAAGCCCUAGAAUUCCAGUUCAUCCCCAGUCGCGACUCCCGUAAAGCAGAAUCACACAUGUUACAGCGUAGGCGAGCACCCAGCCCCCUCAUCUCUCCAUCAGAGAGGCCAAAGCUGGGUCCUCCCCGGCCAUCAUCCCUUCCACUCCUCCCCACCACACCUCUAUACAGUGCCAUGUACGACCUCCGAGGUUCAAUUACCCCGCCAUCACCCGGGAACCCUCUUGGAGAUCCUUACUUCUCGCCCUCUCCUCCCCUGUUUGCCCCCUCUGGUGCCCCUCCUCCUCCAAACUCUACUUUAGUUGUCUCUCGAUCCCUCUCUCCAACUCACUUCCUUUCCGGGACCUCCUCUCCGCCCCUGCACCCUCACCCUCCGCCUACAUGCCUGAGUUAUCCCCAUCUACCGCCCCCUUCCCCUACAAAGCCUUUUGCCUCCAAGCCGCUGCCCUACUGGACCAAGUAUGACGUUGCAGACUGGCUAGGAUACCUGAACUUGGGUGAGCACAGAGAGCGUUUCCUGGACAACGAGAUUGACGGCACCCACCUGCCCUCCCUAACCAAGGACGACUAUCUGGAUUUGGGUGUGACACGUGUAGGCCACCGCAUGAACAUAGAACGGGCCCUGAGGACUGUUAUGGACAGGAUGUCCAGCAGUCCAUUCCCCAUCUCUGUUCUCUCACCUCGGGAUGGACAGACUGAGAGGAGGAGGGACGACGGGAGUCGGAGCUGAGGUUGCAAACAUAUAAUCAUAAAGACAGAGAGAGUGAGAAAGAAGGAGGGGUUGGAGUCAAUGAGGGAGGAAAACACAACUGCUGCUAUCCAUGGAGGAUUCACACAACAAAUGAGGGGGGAACAGAUUUCACACAGAGAGGACAGAAAGAGGGAGUCAAGUCCCAAAGGGAGAUGGAAAGAUGGGAUGGAAGAAGGGCUGACGAUCCAUAAAGACACCGGCUGGCGCUCCCCAGUUGUGGCAGGCUGAUUUACACAAGUACACUCCCCACAUGCAUGCACGGUCACACCAAUCAACAAACAAGUAACACAAAAACUUUCAUCCAGAAAUCAUACAAAAUCAUACGAAGACAGAUAUUAUGAGUGAUAAAACCGAAGAAAAUACUUCUGAGAGAGGAUUAAAUCUAUAGCCAGUUUGAUUAAAAAAGAAGAAGAGCGGGUUGUGUUGUUGGCGAGCUAGAGAAAAAGAUAAAGGUGUCCUUCAUCGUGCAGUCUUCUUACCCCCUCAGCCGGCUGUUCAGGUUUACGAGUGGCACCCGCCAAGAGUGCAAUCAAUGACAACCCCUCCCCGUGUGACUGGAUGUUAGUUUUAAAUUGUGUCUGAAUAUCAUUGAGGAUGAAUAUUUGAGGGUGAAUGGGGGUAAAUGUGUGCAAAUGUGAGGCUUUGUCUGUCUGCAUGGUGAACGUAGGACGACGCAGGGCAGUAUAUCAGGACAGCUUCCACGUCUUUUAGAGGUGACGAGGGCUCAGACCGAUAACUUGGUUCAAACCAAGGAGGCUGUCUGUGUGUUCAGCUUUGAUUAGUUACGUCUUGUUUUUACCUCACCACUGAUAGGGCUCUGUCCUCACCGCAGGUCCUGUGAUCAGGAUCGUAUGUGUUUCUCUAUAGCUCUUUAUCAUCUUAAGUCUUAUAAUGACAUAUAUACAGACUGGUCACUGUAUCACAAAUUUGUAGCAAAAACAAGUGCCCAGACCAACAAAAUAAAAAUAAAAAAAUAACGAAGAAUCACACCGCUACACACACACACACACACACACACACACACACACACACACACACACACACACACACACACACACACACACACACACACACACACACACACACACACACCCCAGUUACUACUAUACAUGCCUGCAUGCAUACACCAACAUGUAGACACACACACUUGCAAGUGAUUGUGUUAAGAGUUUAUGGGACACCUUAUAUAUAGACACACUAUAUGUUUGGAUCCAAGAUAUACAAAAGGAGACAGACUGCUUUCAACUGUUAGACUGGAUAUGUGACAAUGUGAGGAGAAAUACCCCAGAGGAUUUGAUUUACCGAGAAAGACUUCCUCAGCGUUGAGGCAACUGUUGUUCAACCAUUCAGACCUUCCGUCCGAGGGAGACUGGAAAGGAGAGGGGAGGGGAAGAGGAAAAACUGCCAUUUUCUUGCUCUUUCCCACCCAAUCGCCCCUGCUCCUUCCAGGAGUGGCCUUUCUCUCUCGACAAAAUCCAAGAGGAAACAAGCAGCCACCCAGCCGAGGGGAUCUGAGAGACAUAGCUUAUAUCGAGUUUUAAUACUAUGAUUGUUCUUACAAUUUUUAAACUUCAAAUGGGAAUACUGGAAUACUGAUAUUGAUAUGAAGAGAUUUAUUGUUACUAUUUAUCAUUACUUCAUCGUCCUUACUGUUAUUAUAGCUUCAGAGAGUUCCUGAUAUGGUGCUCUUGUGCAGUCAGUGUAUUUUCUGACUGCGAUGAAGAUGGUGUUGGUGAUAUAUAUAAAUAUAUAUAUGUAUGUAUAUAUAGGUAUUUUUGAAUAGAAAGAUGCAUAUUAUUUCUUGCACGGUACCCUUAACAUUGCUUCUAUGUGACAAGAAGCAUUGCAACUUAAUGUGAAGCACAUUUUUAGAAACACUUCUCCUUUCUGUUUUUCUUUCAACAGACUGUGAAGCUUUAAUCAAAAUCAUGUUGACCUUUAUGGCCUCAAAAUAUUAUUUCCUCACUCUUUUUAAAAGUUAGUUGCCACUUAAUAUGCAGACACUAAAAGUGUAGCAACUGUUACUCUGGGGAUGCCCACGAUACACAUAAAUGAAAAUGAUGUAUCACUUUAUUUAAGCUGUCCUCUUUUCUUUUUUUUCCUCUCAAUUCUGGCUAACAGACAGCCCCUUUUGAUUGAUUACAUACACACAUUUCAUUCUUUUUCUGCAUCUUGAUGUGCUAUAUUGCACUGCAGUCUUUUUACUUUCCUAUCAGCUUCCACUGCACAUUUACAUCUCAUUAUAACCACAGUCCUGCUUUUCUCACUGCUGCUGAGAUCAAAUAUAAGGGCUCUCUCAUGACCUCUCUACCUUGAACAACGCUUCACCUCUCCUGCCGCUUUUGAGUCCUCAAACACAUAUCAAACGUACGCUAUACAUCAGGCGUAGUCUGGGGGAGUUUGCUCUUCUCUCGGGUCCUGCUGUCUUUGUCUGUUUUUUGCAAAAAGUUUUCAUAGAUCAUUUCGCUCAAAGUGCUCAUACAUACAGGCAUGUGACUGAACAAAGGUCAUUAAGGUGGAUUUGUCUGUAAUUGUUUUGUGCUGGUGGUCAAUGAGAGAUUAUAUUUGAAUGGAAGGGAAAUAGCAAUAAGGACGAUGAAAACAAUGGUCAUCUAAUUAUGGUUUAGGUUGUAAAAAAAAGUUCUAAAGAAUCUCUGUCUUCCAAAUAAUGUUUAACAUGAAAAGGUACAAUGUAUUUAUUUAACUGUUCUGCUUUCUUUACAGUUCGACCCGUUCUCUACAUCUGCCCCCUUCUACUGUUAUUGACCUGACAGUAUUAAGAGCUCCAGUCUGUUUUCGCUCAUCAUUUGCAUCUCCUUGUUUGUACAAAGCACCUUCUGCCAUCGCUGACAUGUGCCAGUAUGCUCACAGCUCAUUGUUUAUUACCAGCAUAUUAUGCAAUGACCCUAUUUCCAUUAGCAACUUUUAUUUUUUUUUUUACAUUUCCCUUUAAAGGUUUUGAAGUCAUUUUCAGCCAAAAAGGGCAUGUUUCUGAAAGGGUGAACAAGCAGAAUGUGGCUUCCUGUCCAAACUCAUUUCUACUUGUUUCUAUCAGGUCUCAAAAGUGUUUGCUAGUGUAAAUAGGGCCAAUUAAUUCUUUGGAUAAGACAUUCUAAAAACAUAUCUUACUGAUACAAUGAUGUUCUCGUUAAGUGGCUGGUGAGAAUUGUUUUCAAUCCUUUCUUUGCAUUUGAUAGUUAUAAUUUAUAGAGGCUCAUGGUUGCUGUCAGGAGAUAAAGUAAGAUCUGAGGGAACUGGUGUGACUCUAUAGAAAGCAUUUCUUUUCCUUUAAGAGAUCUUUAAAAAAAAAAAAAGAGAAUAUGAGCUGAUGAAAGUUAACUUACAGAAUAUAUAUGUAUAUGUAAUACGCAUAUACAUUCAUAUAAACAUAUGAAUUUCAAAUGUUUUAAGAAAUCAUAAAUUGUUAGAAUUAUAAUAAAGAUACAGAAAUAAAGUUGUAA